CCCUUACGGCUAAGACGGCGGUAAGAGAUAAUAUAUGAUGCCAUUAUUCGGCUAUCUUGUAGAUGAUAAAGGUGACGGUAGUACACCGAGGUAGCUAUUUAACCACACGGAAUGAAUUUAUACCUUAUCUCUUAAUCAGUCACCCUCCUGCAUCCUCCAACCCAGACACCCUGACCUACCUCACCCUUGGACAUAUCGGGAUAGACCAGAGAAAGACUCCCUAGUCAUGGCUCCCGCCGUAGAUAUUGAGACACCGGCUGAUGUCAUUCAGGGCCUAAAGGCCAAGGCUAAGCAAGUUGAUCACUCGAUCUUUCCAGAUGGACUAAAGACAACAGGUCAACAUCCACCGCUGUAUGAUAAGCUCUACCCUUACAGCGCUUUUCCUAAGCACAUUGAGGGACCUACGGAAUGGAAGGCAGAGGAUUAUGCCAACAACCCGGAGAGAUGGGUUCACCAAUUCGCCGAAGAUGAACUCGAUGAGAUAUCCAAGGCCGCGGAUAGUUUCAUCCAAUUAGGUCUACCCUUAACUGGAAUCUCGAAAGAAAACUUCCGACUUCCAGGUUUAGAACCAUCGUUAGAGACUAUGCGUCGAGAGCUACUAAACGGAAAGGGAUUCAUCCUAUACAAAGGCUUCCCCGUCGACGAAUGGGGCAUCCCCAAAUCAGCCGUCGCCUACAUGGGCCUGGGCGUCUACAUCGGCUACCCGGUAUCGCAAAACGGCCACGGCCACAUCCUAGGGCACGUCAAAGAUCUCGGCGAAGACAGCACACAGAUCGACAAAGUGCGAAUAUACCGGACCAACGCGCGGCAGUUCUUCCACGCCGACGACUGCGACAUCGUAGGCUUAUUAUGUCUCCACAAAGCCGAGUUUGGCGGCGAGUCAGACGUCGCGUCCAUCCACAACGUCUGGAACAUCCUGCAAGUGGAGCGCCCAGAUGUCGCGGAGCUGCUCACGCAGCCGAUCUGGUACUUCGACCGCAAAGGCGAGGUCUCGGAGGGCGAGGAGCCGUAUAUCCGGACGUCCGUGUUCUACCUCGAGACGCCGGACCCGGCCCACCCCGAGCGCGAGCAGCGCGUCUACUGCAAGUGGGAUCCGUACUACGUGCGCAGCCUAACGCGGUUCUCGGACCAGGGCAUUAUCCCGCCGCUGUCGCCCGCGCAGCAGGAAGCCACGCGGGUUCUCGAGGAGACGUGCGAACGAGUAAAGCUGCACAUGAUACUGGCUGUCGGCGAUAUCCAGUUCGUGGCUAACUCGCACACGCUGCACGCUAGAACGGCGUACCGCGACUUCGGGCCCGAUAGUGGCAAGCCGAGACGGCAUCUGCUGAGGCUGUGGCUGGCUGUGCCGCAGGACGAAGGGGGGUGGAGGUUGCCGUUUUGGGACUCGGAUGAGAAGAAGCGUGGUGGGAUACAGGUUAAUGAUAACGCACCGGUUGCGAGGCUGGAGGCUGAUUGAGAGGUGGAUGUGUAGAAUAUGAUGUCUUACUUGCAACAGAGUAAUCCGUACCUACCUAGAUCCAGCUUGAAGUAACCUAUAGUAUAAUGAUGAGAUGAUAUUGACUAAGCCUAGUAUUUAGUUUCAAUAACAUAACUUGACACUAUCGUUUGACCAUAGACAAUAAACUUGUACUCCUAGAUCCAUGAGUUCAAGUGCCGUGAUUGUAAUUUUGAUUUUAGUUCUUUUACGUAGUAGUUAGUUGAAGCUGGGAAACGGGCCUAGCCAACUACUAUCAUCUCAUAGGUACUAGCUUGCCGUCGCCAUCCACUCACCGCCAUAAACCAUACCUGCUUCUAAAAUAAGACCUCCUUCGGCGCUUCUCGAAAUUCGCUUCUGCUAGGUACUCUAGUUCGCGUCUGUGUGGC